AUGGAGAGUUUCCACAAAUUAUGUUUCUUCAAGACGGUUAUCGUGGUGAUUGUUAUUUGUACGAUUGUCAUUGACGUACAAGCAAGAUCUAUUGGAGGAGUUCUUAGCCGACGUAAACGUGUAUCAGAUCAACGUUUAGCAGAACUAGAAACUCUGCUGGCUCUAGCUCGUAUGCGAGGGAAGCUAGUGACCGUCCCCGUAGGAUUUGGUCGAGUGGAUCCAGCUAAAAUUGGUCGGAGACGUAGAUCGAGCAUCGAGUACGACUUGCAAAAAUUACAACGUAUUUUACAGACUGUUGUCAAUGAUUCGGAAUCUGGUAGCGAAGAGAACGAUGACAUUUCUUCUUCACUG